UGCUGCAGUGCUGUGGGAAGGGGAGGCGCCCGGGAUCCUCACCGCCCCUCGGCCCCUUAUAUGGUCCGUCUGCCGGUUCGACGUGCGGCUACAUCCACCCGGCGAAAAGUGGACACGAGACGUCGGUGUGCUCCGGAGACCAGAGACUCAUUGAACAGCCCUGAACAACCAUGCCAUCCGACUUGGCCAAGAAGAAGGCAGCGAAGAAGAAGGAGGCCGCCAAAGGCCGACAGCGCACCAAGAAAUCUGAUGAGCUCGAUGAGGCUGGUGAACAACCAGAGCCCCAGAGUAACGGAGCUCAGAGCAAUGGUAUCGCGUGUUUGACUAAGGAGCUCGACGAGUUCGAGCUCAUGAAGACGGAGGCGCGGGCGGUGACGGGCGUUCUGGCCUCUCACCCCAACAGCACUGAUGUCCACGUUGCCAGCCUGUCGCUCACCUUCCACGGGCAGGAGCUGCUCUCAGACACCGAUCUGGAGCUCAACUCCGGCAGACGCUACGGCCUCCUCGGACUUAACGGCACAGGAAAAUCCAUGCUGUUGUCAGCCAUCGGGCUUCGUGAGAUUCCCAUUCCCGAGCACAUCGAUAUUUACCACUUGACCCGGGAGAUGCCCCCCAGUGAGAAGACGGCUCUGGAGUGUGUAAUGGAGGUGGAUGAACAGAGGAUUAUGCUGGAGAAGGAGGCAGAGAGACUUGGCGCUGAGGACGCUGAGUGUGAGAAGCUGAUGGAGCUGUAUGAGCGUCUUGAGGAGCUGGAUGCAGACAAGGCAGAGAUGCGCGCCUCACGGAUCCUCCACGGUUUGGGUUUCACCGCUGCUAUGCAGCAGAAGAAAAUGAAGGACUUCAGUGGAGGAUGGAGGAUGCGUGUUGCUCUGUCCAGAGCUCUGUUUAUCAAGCCCUUCAUGUUGUUGCUGGAUGAGCCCACUAACCACUUGGACCUGGAUGCUUGUGUGUGGCUGGAAGAGGAGCUCAAGACGUUCAAGCGAAUCCUUGUGCUCAUCUCACACUCUCAAGACUUCCUGAAUGGUGUGUGCACCAACAUCAUUCACCUACAUCAGAGAAAACUGAAAUACUACACGGGUAACUAUGACCAGUAUACGAAGACCAGAGAGGAGCUGGAGGAGAAUCAGAUGAAGCGCUUCAACUGGGAACAGGACCAGAUAACACACAUGAAGAAUUACAUAGCCAGGUUUGGUCACGGUUCUGCGAAACUGGCACGACAGGCACAGAGCAAAGAGAAGACUCUGCAGAAGAUGGUGGCGUCAGGCUUGACUGAAAAAGUCGUGAGUGACAAGACUCUGACGUUUUGUUUUCCCGCCUGUGGGAAGAUUCCUCCUCCUGUUAUCAUGGUUCAGAAUGUGAGCUUCAAGUACAGUGACAACACACCGUACAUAUAUAAAGACCUGGAGUUUGGUAUUGACUUGGACACCCGAGUGGCUCUGGUGGGGCCCAAUGGAGCAGGAAAGUCAACGCUACUGAAGCUGCUGAUGGGAGAGCUCCUACCCUCCGACGGCAUGAUCCGCAAACAUUCUCACGUCAAGAUUGGCAGAUAUCAUCAGCAUCUGACAGAGCAGCUGGAGCUGGACCUGUCUCCUCUGGACUACAUGAUGAAGUGUUAUCCUGCUAUCAAAGAAAAGGAGGAGAUGAGGAAGAUCAUUGGUCGCUACGGCCUGACGGGAAAACAGCAGGUCAGUCCAAUCAGGAACCUGUCCGACGGUCAGAAGUGUCGCGUGUGUUUUGCCUGGCUGGCGCAGCAGACCCCUCAUUUGCUGUUCCUUGACGAGCCCACCAAUCACUUGGAUAUCGAGACCAUUGACGCAUUGGCAGAGGCCAUCAAUGAGUUUGACGGCGGCACGAUGCUGGUUAGCCACGACUUCAGGCUAAUUCAGCAGGUGGCGCAGGAGAUCUGGGUGUGCGAGAAUCAGACCAUCACAAAGUGGAACAGGGACAUCCUGGCAUACAAGGAGCACUUGAAAUCAAAGAUCGAAAAGCAAGCACACGACAUCUAAUUCAACAUCACACUGAGCCACUCCUUUAUCUUGUAUAACGACCCAUAGGCUCACAAAGGGAUGAGCCGGAUUUGCAUCGCAGGAAAUCUCCCAACGACAAGAACUGAAACAAUCUCUUUAUGCAUCUUCUCAGACGCGUCUCUUGAACAUGUUGUACUGUAUUUCCAUCUCGGUUUCGACAGUGCUGCAUCGUGCUACACCAACCCUCUCCCCCCUUCACCUCAGGCUGCACUCUGAUUGGCUGAUUCACCUGAAGCAUCUCAGUGCAUUUUGGAAUGCAUUCCAUUGUGCUGUGUUGAUAGAAAAGUUUUAUUUUUUCCAAAUGUUCUGUUUUAUCCCAUCACGUAUGCAGCAGCUUUUAUGAUAUUUAAAAGUUGACUUAUUAUUAUUUUUUUUUUUUCCCUCCGUGUAGAAGCAGUUCUGCCUUAUUUAACAAUGUAAUGCAAUAAAGAGUUUGUCAGAAUAAACGAACAUAAAAACAGCA